AUGACCGCAUCGACGAGAAAAACUGCACCGAACACAUGGCUCCCCUCCACGUGGAGAAGUUCCUGUUCCUGUCGUGGCAUAUGCUUGACUACAGCUAAGCCUUGAUCCUUUUCCCUGUUCUCUCAAGUCUCAUCAUCUCCUUCUGUACGAAGACGUGCGCUCAUCAUGGCCUCCUCAUCGCCCACCUUCUGCAAGUUGAAAGGGCAGAACCUGGUAUACGCAGUAACAGCAUGCUGCAGCAUAGGCUUCAUGCUGUUCGGCUACGAUCUGGGCUUCAUGGGCGGCCUGACCACCUCCCCGGAAUUCCUCCAGCAGUUUGGCCAUCCGAGCCCGUCUCUCAUCGGCUUCCUCGUCUCGGCGUACGAAGUGGGCGCCUUCUUCGGAGCAGCCAUUACCUUUACCCUAGGCGACAGAUUCGGUAGGAAGCCGUACGUGAUCGGCGGCUCUAUUGUUGUCAUCGUAGGCUCCGUCAUCUCGGCUGCGUCUUAUGGUGUCGCGCAAUUUCUUGUCGGCCGAGUGGUCGCGGGCGUCGGAUUGGGUUUCAUGACGACUGUCAUACCGGUUUGGAUGGCCGAGUGCGCAAGGCCGAAGAACCGCGGGAGGAUGAUGGCCAUGCAGCUGAGCACGCUAAUUUCCGGACUCAUUAUCGCUAACUGGCUGGAUUACGGCAUGAGCUUCUACCCAGGUUCCGUGCAAUGGCGCUUCCCCUGCGCAUUCCCCAUCCUCCUUUGCAUCAUGGUCUGCGUAUUCCUCCCCUUCCUCCCGGAAUCACCGCGGUACCUAGCAAACAAAGGCGAACACGACCGCGCAGCCAACAACCUCGCCGCGCUCCGCGGCGACCACGCCUACACCGCCGCGAUCGCCGAGGAGAUCAAGGAAAUCCAAUACGCCAUCGCGGUGGAGCACAACGAAGCCGGCUCGUGGUCCGACGUGUUCAAAGACCACGGCAUCUCCGGCUCCACUCGCAUCGCCAUUGGCUUUGCCGCCAACGCCUUCCAGCAGUUCUCCGGCGUCAACGUCAUCUCGAGUCUGGGGCCGUACGUUUUUCAGAAUUCCAUCGGGCUGAGUCACCGGGAUGCUUUGCUUGUCGCUGGUGGAUUGCAGGUCUUCUACUUCUUGAGCUCGUUGAUUCCUUGGUUUAUCGUGGACAAGGCUGGCCGACGUCGCUUGUUCAUUCUUGGAUCGGCGGGCAUGGGUACCUGCAUGAUGCUUUCUGCCAUUUUUGUCGGGAUUGGGACGAAGGGUCUGGGAUAUGCUGCUGUGGUCGUCCUCUACUUGUUCCAGACAUUCUUCACACUAGGAUGGCAAAGCAAUAUGUGGAUCUAUCCUCCAGAGAUUCUGCCCUUGAAGCUAAGAUCUCGAGGCAAUGCCAUCGCCGUCGUCAGCCAAUGGCUCUGGACCUUCCUCAUCGUCGAAAUCACGCCCAUCCUGAUCACCAACAUCAAAUACAAGAGCUACAUCGUCUUCGCCGUGCUCAACUUCGUCACCAUUCCCAUCGUCUACUUUACGUUUCCCGAGACGUGCGGCCUCACUCUCGAAGCCGUGGACCUGCUGUUCGCGGACCGCGAUGGUAAGCGGCCGAGUAUCUUCCGCGUGGUGCGCGAUAGUAGGAAGAAGGAGUAUUUGGCGGAGAUUGAGGCGACGCUGCGGGAAAGGGCGGAGGCCAGGUCGGAGGCCAGGGUGGAGGGCAGGGUGGAGAGGAAUGAACUUGGGAGAGAGGAGGAUGAGAAGGAGGAGAGUGGGAGUGAGAAGUUUGAUGUGUCGCAUAUUGACAAGGUGUAAGGAUCUAUUCGGUGGAAGCUGGAUAUCUGCAUUGCAGAAUCUGGCUGCGA